ACGCAGCAAGCUGCAAAACUGCGAGAGAAGCGGAGAUUGAAGGGAGAGCAGAGCGGCGGACGGCCAUCUUAGAGCUUUACUGUGGUAACCCUCAUCUUCUGGAUUUUAUUCUUCUUGUCAGAGAAACAUUUCGGCUGACUGACGAGGGAAGAAGAAGGUCGUUUUUCACUUCACCGCUGUUGAACUCGAAGUCGGGAUGCGGUUCCGAGGGAAUACACAAUUUGCAUCCGCUGUCGGACUGGUCCUCGGACUAUUAUGUGCGGUGGAGGCAGCUAAAGUCAAUAAGCACAAACCAUGGAUCGAGACGACAUACCACGGGAUCGUAACGGAAAACGAUGACAAAGUGCUUCUGGACCCCCCUCUAAUUGCUCUGGACAAGGACGCUCCUCUACGCUAUGCAGGUGAGAUUUGCGGCUUCAGGAUCCACGGGCAGAAUGUUCCCUUUGAGGCAGUGGUCCUGGACAAGUCCACAGGAGAGGGGGUCAUCCGGGCCAAGGACAAGCUGGACUGUGAGCUGCAGAAGGAGCACACCUUCACCAUCCAAGCCUACGACUGUGGAGAGGGUCCCGAUGGAGCCAACAUGAAGAAAUCUCACAAGGCCACUGUCCACAUCCAGGUGAACGACAUCAAUGAGUAUUCCCCGGUGUUCAAGGAGAAGUCCUACAAAGCCACCGUCAUCGAGGGAAAGAAGUACGACAGCAUCUUGAAGGUCGAAGCUGUGGACGCUGACUGCUCUUUCCAGUUCAGCCAAAUCUGUAACUACGAGAUCGUCACCCCUGAUGUGCCCUUCACCAUUGACAAAGACGGCUUUGUCAAGAACACUGAGAAACUAAGCUAUGGCAAAGAACGCAUGUACAAGCUGACUGUGACCGCCUACGACUGUGGAAAGAACCGUGCCUCUGAGGAUGUUUUGGUCAAGAUCAGCGUCAAGCCCACCUGCAAACCCAGCUGGCAAGGCUUCAACAAGAGGAUUGAAUACGAGCCUGGCACAGGUAGCCUUGCUCUUUUCCCCAGCAUGCACUUGGAGACCUGUGAUGAGCCAAUCACAUCUAUUCGAGCCAAUAUUGAACUGGAAACCAACCAUAUUGGGAAGGGCUGCGACCGUGACACCUACUCUGAGAAGUCUCUGCACAAGCUGUGCGGAGCCAGCACUGGCACUGUGGAGCUCCUGCCUGCGCCAAGCAGCUCCUCUAACUGGACGGUAGGACUGCCAACCGAUAACGGUCACGACAGCGACCAGGUGUUUGAGUUUAAUGGCACCCAGGCCAUUAAGGUUCCCGAUGGCAAGGUGACCACCAGCCUAAAAGAACCCUUUACCAUCUCUGUUUGGAUGAGACAUGGCCCAGGGGCCCAUGAGAAGGAGACCAUCCUCUGCAACUCUGAUAAGACAGAGAUGAACAGACAUCACUACUCUCUCUACGUCCACAACUGCAGGCUGAUCCUCCUCCUCCGCCAGGACCCAUCUGAGGCCGAGAACUACAAGCCAGCUGAGUUUCACUGGAAGCUCGACCAGGUGUGCGACAAAGAGUGGCAUCACUAUGUGCUGAAUGUGGAGUUCCCCACUGUGUCUCUGUUUGUGGAUGGAACUACAUUCGAGCCGUUCCUGGUCACAGAGGAUUACCCACUGCAUGCCUCCAAGAUUGAAACUCAGCUCACCAUUGGUGCUUGCUGGCAAGGUGCUAAUGCCCGCAUGGCUCAGUUCUUCCGGGGGAACCUGGCUGGGUUGAUGAUCCGCUCAGGCAAGCUGGAGAACAAGAAGGUGAUCGACUGUUUGUACACCUGCAAGGAAGGACUGGAUGUGCAGCUGCCUGAAGAGGUAGCCUCAGCUGUCAAGGUGGAGUUCAACCCCAACCAGUCCUCUCUGACCGUGGAAGGCGAUGACAUUGAUGCCUUUGACAAGGUGAUGCAGCACAUCUCCUACCUGAACUCCCGCCAGUUUCCCACCCCCGGCAUCAGGCACCUUCGCAUCACCACCACUGUCAAAUGCUUCAACGAGGAGGCCUGCGUCACUGUGCCAGAUGCUGAAGGUUAUGUGAUGGUGCUGCAGCCUGAAGAGCCCAAGAUCAGCUUGAGCGGUAUCGAUCACUUUGCCCGCAGCGCCGCUGAAUUCGAGAGCCAGGAAGGUGUGACGCUGUUCCCUGAGCUACGCAUCGUUAGCACAAUCACCCGUGAGGUGGAGGCCGACACAGAGUCUGAAGCACCAGAGGGAGCUGAUGACGACCCUACAGUCCAAGAGACAGUGGUGUCAGAAGAGAUCAUGCACAACCUGGACACAUGUGAGGUGACUGUGGUGGGAGACGAGCUGGAUGGGGAGCAUGAGGGCCUGGAGGUAGACAUGUCCCAACUGCAGCAACAUGGCCUUGAAAUGAGCUCCUCUAACCUUGGACUCGUCAUCACAGGUGUGAGCACCAUGUCCAACUACGAGCAGGUCCUGCAUCUGAUUCGGUACAAGAACUGGCACACAGAGGCUCUGUUUGAUAGGAAAUUCAAACUGGUCUGCUCUGAACUCAACGGUCGCUACAUCAGCAAUGACUUCAAGGUUGAGGUGAAUGUAAUCCACACAGCCAAUCCUGUGGAGCACGCCAACAAUGCCAUGGUUCAGCCAAACUUCAUUAACCCUGUGCAUCAUGCAUCUGUGGAUCUGUCUGGGCACAACCUGGUCAACGCUCACCAGGCCUCAGUGGUUCCUAGCGCCGCCACCAUUGUCAUUGUGGUGUGUGUCAGCUUCCUGGUGUUCAUGAUCAUCCUGGGCGUGUUCCGCAUCCGUGCCGCACACCAGCGCACCAUGAGAGACCAGGAGAACGGCAAGGAGAACGAGAUGGACUGGGAUGACUCAGCACUCACCAUCACUGUUAACCCCAUGGAGACAUAUGAGGACCAGCACAGCAGCGAGGAGGAGGAAGAAGAGGAGGAGGAGAGCGAGGAUGGAGAGGAGGAAGAUGACAUCACGAGCGCUGAGUCAGAGAGCAGCGAAGACGAGGAGGGCGGGGAGCCAGAGGACCAGCAGGGGGCCAGCAGACAGCAGCAGCUGGAGUGGGACGACUCCACCCUCACCUACUAGAGCAACACACACACACACACACACACACUCACAUAUAACAGUUAACACAAGCACACAGACGUAUACACACACACAUGCCACCAAAUCACGCUCACUGCUCCACACACACACUCCCAUCCCGUACAGCUACGUGUCCAAGGAGCCAUGAUGUAAAAAGAGAAAAAAAAAAACACAAAAGAAAAAGAAAACUUCCCUUCAGCGUAUAUAUGGUCAAGGUUUUCCUGUCGUUAUCUUAGUGGUGGUACUCAGUGUAGUGUAGUCAUCACCGGGUUGCUGAUUUUUACUGUUUAUUUUUUUAUUUAUUAUAUUUUAAUUCCCGGGAAAACUUGGCCUACAUUUGUUUUGAGCUGUGUGAGGAAGCCAACCCUGCACUUUUUUUGUUUUCUCUCAGACAUAAGGCUUUCAAUGGAGAACUUCUUCCUGAUGUAUAUUCUUUGCUUUAAUGCUUUUAGAAUUGUUUGCCGCUAAACUCACUUCUUGCUUUGACUUGAGUUCUCUUGACUUGUAGUCCUCAGUAAACGACGCUUCUAACAAGUAGACCGCAUAUUCUUUUCUUUUCUUUCUUCUUUUAGUGCAUGAGGAUACUUGAGAAGUCAUAUGUGUAGAGAAAUAAAUUGCUUUUUAAAGAUUUUGUAAAUAUAAAGGAAAACAUGUAAUUAGUCAAUGUGUUAGUGAAGGCCUACUCAAAUGGGGUCCAAUAUCUAAAAUGACGCAGUACCUAAUGUAGAAUAUUUGUGUCACAAAGGCUGUAGCAUGUCGCUCAAUUUCUGCAAAAGCUGCACCAUCAUGCUUGUACAAAAAAAUGUCUGCUUCAUGAAGAGAAAUCCAGGACUUUUAUCUGAGGUUUUCACGACAAAGUGAUGUCCAUUUUGUCUUUUUUCUUUUUCAUAGAGAAGGAAAAUCAUUUAUUUUGCUUUCUCACAGGCAGAACUGAUCGAUGGUUUCAGCUCCAUACAUUGCUUUGCUUUGCUUGCACAGGCGUCAGUGUAUUUCAUUCCCAAUAGAUCUCACUGUUGUGCAGAAGGGAUUGUCUUUUUUUUGUUCAGGGUAAUCAUACAUGCUAAUGUACAAAUGGACAUUUCGAGUGGAGCGGCACAAACCCCGGGCCAGCAGGAACAGUAGUGCUGUUGAUCUGGAAGCAGAGGUACUAACAUUUCUGCCAGGGUAUUAGGACAAGUAGAGAGAUUUCCUCAGCAGCUUUAAGAGUCUUUCGUCCGUAUCCUCGUCCUGCUGUGCUGACAGAAGUAGGAGGGGGGAAAAAAGCCUUCAAACUACUGAAAGAGCAGAUUCAUGACAGACAGCUUUAGUGGAGCUUGGUGGAAUAGUGCAGCCGCUGGCAUUGUUUAUCGGGGGAGAGAAGAGAAAUGAAAGUACUUUUCAGGAUUGCUUUAUUGCAAGUUUAUUCAAGUGGCACGGCUAUUUAAACUGAUAUAAUAAAACAUAUAAGAUUCAUUUUUAAACUGGUUUCCCAUUGCAAAGUAAGCACAGGCUUUAUAAUAACUUAAGGAAGUACACCCAAAGGUGUGACUGCUUAGUUUACUAAAGGAAAACAUUGAAAAUGAAUCUUGUUGGAAUCUUAAAUGAACUAUUUUUUGCAGUAGACCACUAGAUUUUAUUGUACAUGGAACUGUACUGUAGAGUUGUUCUAAAGAUAUUUGUUUACAUUUGGUAAACUUAUUUUCCUUCUGGUAAUAGUAUAAAGCUUAUACAUCUGAUUGGGAAAAUGUGUCCGACCUCUCAGACUCCAUUGUCCAUCACUGUUGUAUAUAUCUUUCACAAAACCAGAUACAACCUUGUACCUUCACACUUUACUGUUAAGUGUUUGUGUCUUGUUUUCGGGGUACCAAGUAAAUGUAAACAUUUCCCAAACCUGCGUAAUGAAAGCAGAUCAGAUUUGGGGCAUUGAGGUGAGCAGAAUGUGGCAUUAUCAGGAGCGGAAACGUUGAUGUUGCGAGUUUCUAUUUUGCAUGCAAAUUUAUUUUCAAAAGCCAAAUGGGUUUGCAAACACAUAAAGAAGACCGGUACUUUUGUGGGUUUGAGCCCCACAGUUGGGUGUUUUAGUUAAUUUAUAAUUUUUUAGGAGGUCUGGGGUGCAAAGUGAGUUAACAGUCUCCCCUCCAAACUGACUUGUGGACUUGUUAAGAGUGCCAGGUCUGAACCGGCUGAGAUGGGAGUGCCUUUUUCCGAUCAUAGCGCAAAUUAGCAGGUCUAACAAAAAAAACACUCAUUUGUGCGCUUUUAUUUGUUGAAAUUUUUGUUUGUUUUUUUAUUUGUAUUUGUUAAAAGCUAGAUUUCUAAGAGAGCUGGGGAUUUACAUUUUUCUUUCAGUUUAUUGUAACAAUAGUCCACCGAUAGUUUGAUUAAAAGUGAAAAACGUUUUACAUAGAUGUCAUGUGUCCAUGUUGAUGUUUAGAGGAAAUAGAUCCAUAUUGUAUCUUCUAUAGAUAUUGUACUAAAUCAUUGACGGAAUCCACCUUUAAAGAGAUGUACAGUACAUUAUGAAAUUGCUUUGGCAGCAUACAUGGGUAUACUGUUCAUUCACCUAUUUGUGUAUAGUGGAAGGUCAUUUUGAACAGUGUGCUAUUGCCUGAGUUGUUGGGAAAUGAUUUUGAGGGCAGCAUGAAAUUCACAUGAACCAGAGAAUAAUAAGCCUGUCGACUUGGAAAGCUUCAUUUUGUCAAACACUUGAUGUCCACAUUUCAUCUACAACUUAAAAAUACAAUACCAUGGGUCACUGCUAUGUGCACACUGACUCUCCAGUCAAGUCUCCACAGUGACCUCACCAUCUCCAGUUUUCUGAGUGUAAGGCUUUCUGACCAGCCCCUGAGCUAAGUGUAAGUUGGUUGAAUUGAAUGUCACUGCCUAACAAACUGAAAUGCAGCCAUACUCUAAUAACACUUUAGAUUAAAGGGGACUUUACUUUGCAUGAACCACAAUUUUGUGUUACGCUCCAUGUGGGCUUGUGAGACCGGAAUGAGAAAGGAGACGUGAUACACUACUGAUUCUCUGAUUGUCUGUUUCACGUGUCCAGAUAUUUUUCUUUUCCCCCUUUGUUUUCUUUCAAAUUUUUUGCUCAAAACGGAAGGUAACGAUGUUUUCAGAAUGAUUGAAGGCUUCCUUUCUGCUUGUUGGAGCCGCUCUCACUUUUCUACCAAUUUAAAAGCAAAUUGUAGUGAAGUUGAUGCUCGCUCAUAAACAAAAUAAAGGAUGAUGAGAUGGGGUAUAA